CGUUUACAGCAUCAAUGGUCAGCAGUUUUAUUUUGCUAAUUAAAUUAUGUGCAAGUAUAUUAAAAAAAAAAUUUUAAUAGUUUUAGAUGGCAGAAAAUAAACACGUACAGUUUUCUGUCCAUUUUUCCAGUAAGUGAGGUGUUGCUGGAUAUAUAAAUAAAAAAAAAUAAGUUAUAAAUCAAAGAAGCGCGGUUCUUAAAUAUUGAAAUUUUGAACUUUUAAUGUUUACAAUAUAUCUAUAUAUAAAAUCGACGUGGCAUCCCUAAAUAAAAGCGGCUUUAUAACGUCAAAUGUCAGAACUGCUAACUUGAGUUGAGGUUUUGAAAUUUUUGCAAAGAAAAAGUAUUAUUUAUUAACAAGUAUUUGAAAAACUAUGGAUGACAUUGACGUUCUGGAAGACUUACUAAUUUUAAAGAUGAUUUCAAGAAGACAACGCCGUGGAAACCAAGAAAUUUUUAAAACUCGUAAAAACCAUGGAUUUUAUUCAAGCGGAGUUAAUGUAUUGAUCAAAAAAAAUCGUGAACUAUUUAUCAAAUCUACUAGGUUUACUUAUGAGCAGUUCAAAAUAUUGUUGAAUUUGGUUGAGCCAUAUCUACGUAAGUACUCCCACAGAAAUCCCAUUGAGCCAGAGCAGAGAUUGUACAUAACUUUACAUUUUUUGGCUCAUGGCAGGGCUCUUCGCGUAUUAUCUAUGAAGUUUCGAAUUGGCUUAGAAACAGCCAGAUCCAUAAUUUUAGAAACUUGCGAUGUGUUGUGGCGUGUUUUGGAAAGCCAUUACAUGAGCCCACAUAGUGAUGCGGAAUGGAAACAAAUUUCAGAGGAUUUUUGGAAUGUAACCAAGUUACCACAUUGUUUAGGGGCAAUAGAUGGUAAACAUGUGCCAAUAAAUUGCCCACCUAAUUCACGUUCAAAGUAUUUUAAUAAUAAACAAUUUAAUAGCAUCAUUUUACUUGCAGCUUGCGAUAGCAGUUAUACUUUUACUUUUGUGGACGUUGGGGCAUAUGGCAAUCAAAGUGACGGUGGUGUGUUUAAGAAUUCGCUGUUUAGAAACAUGAUUUCAGAUAAAUCUAUGGAUGCUCCAAAUGCAACCAAUUUGCCCAACUCAGACAUAGUAUUUCCUUACUACUUCGUAGCUGAUGUCGCAUUCCCUUUAGAGAGAAACAUAAUGAAACCUUAUGAAACAGUUACUGAUGUCAGUGAAGAAGUGUUCAAUCAAAGAUUGUGUAGUGCUAGAAUGCGAAUUGAGACUGCUUUCGAUUUACUUACUUCUCGAUGGAGAGUUUUGAGCACAUCCAUAUGCUUUUCGCCAGAAAAUGCCAAAAAAGUUAUAUUAGCAACAAUAAUACUUCAUAAUUUCCUGAAAUCCGGUAAUGUGAACUAUACUGCUGCAGAGAAAGCAAACAAUCACAAUUUGGCCAGUGUAAACAGUCACGAUUUACUAACUGCUAAUACUACGUCGAGUCAAUUAGCUCGUAAUUUAAGAAAUGAACUUUGUGAAUAUUUGAAUUCUUCUUUAUAUAUUUAAAAUAAUAUAAAUAAGAAAACGAUUUAUUUUAAAUAUAAAGAACCCCAACACGAGAAACUAUAAGAAAGUCAACUUAAUUUUGAUGUUAAAUUUAAUAUUUUAAAUUGUAUUUUUAAUUUUAAUUUUACGAAGACAGCGGUGACUUUAUAUAACUAACUUAAUAAAAUAUUACGUACUAGCCUUAA